AUGGACUCACCACCACCACACAGACCCCGCAACCCAAGAGCACUCUUCCUUCUAUACCUAAAACACCUCUCUCCCUUCACAAUCUCCUCGUCUUUUUGCCUUCCACUGCCAAGAGAUAAAAAACCAGACUUGAUGUCUCUGAGGAGGUCACCGACCUAUAUGGGUCUCGUCACUACUACAACAACCGAUUUUCUAAUAUCGGUUCACCCAGAAACACUAGAAGACACAUGUGGCGAAUGGAAGAGAUUCGAUAGGAUAAAGAUCUGGUUGUUGUUGAUGAGUACAUCAUUGUUAACAACAAACAAAAGAAAAUGA